AGCGACGACAUUGCCUAGUUUGCGGCAAUCCACGACGAUCUCAUAUAUAGAGAUUUAAUGGCUAGUCUGCACACUUGAUUGAAAUGUGGCAUUAUUAUGCAUACUGUCAUUCCGAUUUACAGUAUGAAAAUAUGUUUGCAUUUAAAUGACAACAAUUUGAAAAAAAUAAUCCAAAAUUCAUUAUUUAAAUAUUUAUUGUUAAGUUGGAUCAAUUAGAAGAUCGAUUUUUGGGAAAUAAAAUCAUCAGAUUUUUGUAGAAAUAAUGAAGAUUUUGCAAUUUCUACAUCUGUGCCUUCUGAACUCUAUCAUCUCGUGCCAUUUAGAUGGAAAUUUCGUCAAAGUUAACGUCACACGAGAAAAGUUCAUCUACGCAGAUCUUACACACGCCGACAAUCAAAUAAUGAAUUUUGAUCUUUCUCCGACACCAUCAAAAAGUACAGAAAGUAUCCAGCGACAAAAUGAUAAUUCGGAUAAACAGAAAAAUUCUGAUAAUCUCUAUAAUAAAGAAUUGCGAUUAAAGUUCUUUGCGGUUACAUCUUUUGUCGUCCUUUAUCUCUUGAGUUGUCAAUACGUCCGCAGAUUUCAUUUCGAUUCCGAGUGGCAAAGCAGUCUGAUGAUUAACAACAAUAACGAAAUUGAGUACGAGAUGAUUAGUGGUUCACACGAUGAAAAUAUCUGGAAUAGAAAUGAAUGGUCUUCGGACAUGUUUUCUUCAUUUCAUUUCAGCGUCGAGGAAAAUGGAUCCAUAAAUAUGAUCAUCAAAGAUGACACCAAAGAGGAAUUGUCAAAUCUAUUAGGAGAAGAGGAAGAAAGUGAAACGAGUCGUUCCGAUUCUCUUGUAGUCAUCUCUAUGGAAGAUGAAUUUCAAGAAUUGUCGAAUAACGGAUUAAUUUGAAUAUUAAAUUCAAAAUUUUCCUAAACAUUAUAUUGUUCGGGAGUAGAAAAUAUACGAAAAUUUUAUCUGGAUGAAUUUUUAGUUUUAUUUUCAAAUAUUAAAAUCAGUAAUAAAAGUUAUUAGGCCUAUGUAUUAAAAUAGUAUGGAAGUUACGAAUCAUUCUUGAACCGUGUAUGGGGAAGUCACUCGGCA